CUUUUGUUCAGGAAAGGGCAAGGUAGUUCUAAAGAUUGACUUCAAACCAUGAACUCAAUCAAAGCUGAUUCGAAGUAAACACACAGUUCCGGUUUCAUCGAGUCACUCGUCUGAUAAACGUCACACAGUCCAAUUUUUCUUAAGAUCGUGCUUUUGGCAACUUUAUUUUGAAUUUAAAAUUUCUAAAUUUCUCUAAAAAAUGAAAUCGGCGAAAUGUAGAGAUUACCAGUCGGAUUGGUCUGAUUAUUACGUAGCUAUUGUGCUGGCUGGAGUGUACUCAAUAUGUCCAAGCAUCCAAUAUACAACUGGACUUCUCCAAACAGCGUGGCUGGACGACAACAUCCUGACCCCGAGCUUCGCUUCUUUGGUCAACAGUCUGACCUUCACUCUCACUCUCAUCCCGGCACCCAUCUUUCAGCGCAUCCUGGACAAGCUAGGAUUCAAACCCUACUCGAUUGCCGCUCUGGCCCUACCCCUUCUACUUAUUGGAAGCAUCUGGAGUUCGGUUUCCAGCGAUGAUGCAUCCAUGUUGAUCUCAAAUGGAAUCAUGGUCGGACUUGGGUGUAGUAUCCAGCUUGUCAGUUGCUGGAAUGGACUCUAUUAUAUGUUCACAGACAACCAGAUAUUCCUCUUUAAUGGUUUCAUGCUUGCGGGUGCCGGCUUGGGAAUCGUACCUGCUAGCAUGUUGUUUUUCUUCGUCAAACCCAUCUACGGAUGGCGAGUGACGCAGCGUUUAACAACCAUCAUGUAUCUGAGUCUUGUCAUUUUUGCGUUCACACUUUUGCCUCCGGUUCGAAAGUUUCUUGGAAUAAAGACACGUGACGAAAAACUAAGCAACAUGGAACCUCUUUUGGACGAACCAGACAGCGACCAUCACACCAAUCCAAGGAGUAACAACACAGAUGGGAACGAAGGCGAACUAGCAGAUAACAAUGAAGCAGAAAACGAUGCGACAUCAAAUGACGAAGACGUUCCAACUAUAGCUUUGACGAGCAUUCGAUCAGCAAGUAUGCAACAGGAACCAGCGGCUGAAGAAGCCGAAAAGCCAGUUAAGUACGUGCUGACAAAUGUUGGAUAUAUUUUAGCAACGUCAUCCUAUGUUUUAACAGCGACAGCUUAUGAUACAAUAAUGGUGCACCAACCUGUCAGAAUGAAAUCUUUGGACAUAAACGCGAACUUAGGCGCUUUAGCCCUCAUCAUCAAUGGUUCUAUUCAGGCAGUUAUGCGAGUUUCUGUUGGCAUUCUAACUGCUAACAAUGUUAUUUCAGCAGCUCGGCUGAGUCAAAUAGCAAAAAUUUAUUUCUUUGUCAGUACAGCUAUUAGUUUGUUCGUUACCGACCAGUAUUACCAGACCGCUUACUUCUUUUCUCUAGGUUUUAGCGGAGCCAUCUUGAAUACCGCUGAUUUUUUCUUGAUCAAGGAAACUUUGAAGAAGCAUCGUGAUUUUGCAGUGGUUCUUGAACUAUCAAUUGCGGGAAUCCUUACCUUCAUCACUAUGAAUUGCGUCGGAAUUUUGUACCAACACUUGAACUCUUACGACGUGCCUUUCUAUAUUCUUACCUCUCUGUUUGUUCUUGGAGUGGUUCCAUCAUUUUUGUACGAAGUGGAGAUAGGACGAAAGAAUAGAGCUCAAGAAUCACGAAGAGGAUAUAAUUCAUUAAACUAAUAAACAUCAAAAAGGUCCAAGUUAUCAAUUACUGUGUUGUCCAUAGUACCAAUUUAAAUAUUCGUUCCACAA